UCUUCAUUAUCAUCACUUCCCUCUGCGAGUCCCCAAAACAAAAAUGGCGACUAUGCCAAGCCACGGCCUCAGGCUCAGGCACCUGACCACCACCACCACCACCACGCGCCCCUUUCUCCGAACUCUCUGUUCCUCACUAUCUACUCAGGCCUCACUCCCCGAAGACUCCGCCCAGGUCCAGGUCCAACAACAGCCCGGUAAGCCCAACAAGUCAUACUUCCCAAAGCGAGGCCAGACAUUGGAGCUGGUGUGCGAGUCACUUGGUUUCAAAGGGAAGGGUUUGUGCAAGGUGGCAGACACUGGUUUUGUUGUCAUGUGUGACCGUGCACUCCCCGGUGAGCGUUUCAUUGGGCGUGUUACUCGCAAGAAGGACAACUAUGCUGAGGUGACUAAGGUAAAGACAAUAUCUCCUCAUUGGGACUUUGUGGAUGCCCCUUGUGAGUAUGCUUCUUAUUGUGGAGGAUGCAAAACACAAAAUUUGUCUUAUGAGGCUCAACUUAGAGCUAAGGAACAGCAAGUCCGUGAGUUGGUGAUGCAUGUUGGGAAGUUUUCUUGUGAGGAACUGGAAUCCCUAAACAUCAUGAAGCCAAUUGUUCCCUGUGAUAUCCAGUUCCAUUAUAGGAACAAGAUGGAAUUCUCAUUUGGUACUCAAGAAUGGCUACCUAAAGAAUUAUUAUUAGAGAAACAAGAUGGUAGUGAAAGCUAUGCCCUGGGACUGCAUGCUCCUGGCUUUUUUGAUAAGGUUCUAAAUGUCAACAAGUGCUUACUGCAAAGUGAACCUGCCAAUAUGGUUCUUGCAGCUAUCCAAGAUUGUUGGAGAGAUCCACAACUGGGUAUUUCUGCUUACAAUGUUCACUCUCAUGCUGGAUUUCUUAAGCAUCUAAUGCUAAGAACUGGAAGGGAUGUGAAGACUGGUCUGCCAGAACUUAUGGUUAAUUUUGUGACCUCGUCUUACAAGCCAGAACUACUGAAGCCCUUGGUUGAGAAGAUUUCAUCCAUUCCUGAAGUGGUAAGUGUCAUGAAUAAUGUAAAUAGCUCCAUUGGUAACACAUCGGUUGGAGAGGAGGAAUACACUUUGUAUGGGAAAUCCACCAUCACAGAGAUGUUAAGGGGUCUUACAUUUCAAAUAUCAGCCAACUCUUUCUUUCAGACAAAUACUCAUCAGGCAGAGGUUUUGUACAAACUCAUUGAAGAAUGUGUUGGUCUCAGAGGAGAUGGAUCAGAAAUUGUUCUUGACCUGUUUUGUGGAACGGGCACCAUUGGUCUGACACUUGCCAGAAAGGCCAGACAAGUUUACGGAUAUGAAGUUGUUACUCAAGCCAUUGCAGAUGCUUGCUUGAAUGCUAAGCUGAAUAAUAUCUACAAUGCCACAUUUGUCCAAGGAGAUCUUAAUAAAAUUGAUGAAAGUUUUGGCAACAAUUUUCCUAAGCCUGACGUCGUCAUAUCAGAUCCAAACCGUCCAGGCAUGCACAUGAAGUUGAUUAAAUUCUUGCUAAAGCUUAAGGCACCACGCAUAGUUUAUGUAUCCUGUAAUCCUGCCACAUGUGCACGUGACCUUGAUUAUCUUUGUCAUGGCGUGAUAGAUAAAAAUUUAGAAGGUUGUUACAAGCUAAAGAGCCUACAAGCAGUAGACAUGUUCCCACACACUCCUCAUAUUGAGUGUGUUUGCCUGUUGGAGCUUUGCUGAUCCACAGAGUUCUCAUAUGAAAAGCCUAUCUAUAAAUGGAAAAGGCCUAGCUGUUGCAAAUUCCUACCAUUUCCAUGUUGGCGGCAUUGCUUGAAGACUGUCAAGAUUAAUAGCCUUAAAGGACAUGCAUAUAGACAGAUUCUAUGCAAGUAUUUUUCUAAAAACGCAAAAACGUUGGAGAGAUUCCAAUUUAAUGUUGGCAUUGCUUGAAGAGUGUCCAAAUUGAGACCUUGAGAGGAUAUGCAUAUACAAGGAUCUCAAAUAGAGAACACAGAAAUCUUGGAAAUGGUCUCAUAGAUGUGACUUGUGAAGUCUUUAAGUUAAAAUUGAUUUUUGUAAAAGUGAGUGUCUUGUAAGAUUACUUAGGACAUUUACCAACUAGAAAUAUUUUGUAAACCCACACCCCACC